AUCGACACCUUUUGCCCCUCUCCAUGCCUAGUCCAGGCCUCAUCUUUGUCGCUCUUCUUCUUCUCGCCCUAAUUCAUGAGACCUGCAGUGCCAAAGAUAAACAUUACUGUCCACCUUCUUCUUGUGGAAAUAAUUCGAAUAUUAGCUACCCUUUCAGAUUAAACACAGAUUCGCAUAAUUCCUGCGGAAUGACUGCAGAUCCAGUCUAUACUCUAUUCUGUGAGAACAACCUUACAGUACUGUACUCUGAUCAAUCAAGAAAAUUCUACGUGAAAGCAAUCAAUUAUGACAAUCAAACAAUUCGAGUAGCUGAUGCUAGUUUUGAAGAAGGGAGCUGCUACAUACCUCAAUAUUCUUGGGACGUCUCUAACUUCUCAACGUUUCAACAAGAUUAUUAUUAUUAUUAUUAUUAUUAUUAUUAUGCCUAUGGUGUUUAUUUUUGGGAGGAUGUUCUUUUCGUAAGUUGUAGAAAUCUUGUAAGUGAUCCUCUUUAUGUGGAAGCUCCUGCCUGCAUCAAUGACAGCUCUUUCUCCACACCUUAUAGGCCUAAAUCUGAAGGCAAAAGGUAUUAUUAUGUGAAAAUUGGAGGGACAACUCUACUUGAGUUAAAACCCUCAUGCCGUAUUGAGCUAACGGCACUUACACCUUUCAUACGGGAGAAGAAUUACGAGAACCUCUCCUACCUGGACAUCCACCAUUGGUUAGCAUAUGGAAUUGAGUUGUCGUGGCGGUAUGUUUCAUGUGGAGAGACAGAUUCUUCCUACAUUAAUAAGGAAAACCAUUGUGUUUCUUAUCUUCCUUCUGUUCCUGUUCCUGUUCCUUUUCCUGCAGAUCAUGGGAGCCGAGCUUAUGAAGUAUUCGACAGAGCUGUAAAUUUGCUCAGUCAUUAUUUACCUUGUGAGUACCUCUAAUCUAUAUUUUGUUCAAAUAUAUUAUAUAUAUGAAGUAAGAAUAAAGUCUUAAGUAGUAUAAGGAGGGUAUAGAGUCAACUCUAUCCAUUUGGUUUCUCUUUCUUCUCUUCCUUUGAUUCUCUAAAAAUGAGUUUAACUUUAUGGUAAUUUUAUAAAUAUUUUGAUCUUUA